GCAUUGCCAUAGGGAAAUCGGUCUUCGGUCAAGGAGCAUUUGCUUUGUCAAGCUGUUCUGAUGAAUCCUGUGGAAAAUCAACUUUGGAGCCAACCACAUUAGCGAGGAGGGCUGAAUAAUGGAACUGGGGAAAGCGAAGCUGCUGAGAACAGGCCUUAAUGCUUUGCACCAGGCCAUACACCCUGUGCAUGGGAUUGCGUGGACAGAUGGCAAGCAGGUGGCACUGACUGGCCUGCACUUUCACAACAAAGAACUGCGGUUUGGCGACUCAACUGUUAUUGGUCAGUUUGAACACGUCCAUGGACUUUACUGGAGCCCAUGUUACUCGUCUGACACGCCAGCUCUGCUAGCUGUUCAGCAUAAGAAGCAUGUCAGCGUUUGGCAACUGAGCCACGUUGCCUCGGAAAAGAAUAAGCUCCUGGUUUCUCAGACCUGUGAAAUUGGCGAGCCAUUCCAGUUGCUUCCUCAGGGAUGUGUGUGGCACCCAAAGAGAGACGUUUUGUCUGUGCUUACCAAAAGGGAUGCUUCUGUUUUAUAUGCCGUUCGUUCAGACAACUCCAGGAUUAAAGCAGAUAUCAAAAGCAGUGGUCUCAUCCACUGUGCUUGCUGGACUAAGGAUGGCCAUCGCUUAGUUGUUGCUAUAGGCAGCGCUCUUCACUCCUAUAUAUGGGACGAUGCCCAGAAAACAUUAAACGCUUGCUCCUUUUGCCCAAUAUUUGACGUUGGAAGCUACAUUUGUGCUAUUGAAGCCACGUUGGAUUUUCAAAUUGCUGUGGCUACCGAACUCCCCCUUGAUAAGAUUUGUGGCUUAAAUGCAGGCAUCACAUUUGAAUUGCCUGUAGGAACGGAAACGGGUUCUUUAACUUCACAGUCUACACUGGUGCUUGGGGAUGAGGAAUACUCUAUGGAUCUGCGAAGAAAGUCUAUAGAUUCAGACAAAUCAGUAGCCGUUGAUUCAGUAGCUUCAUCUUCCUCGGGCCCAGUUGAUUUAACCCACAUCCUUUCAAAUCACCGGAGAUCUGAUCCCAGUCCUCUCAUUCCUUUGAGAAGGAAGGAUUACCCUUCAGGAACUGGCCAAGAUUCGUCACACUUGAUCUUAGUGACUUUUGAAGGAAAGGUAACCACAACCAGGAAAGUCAGCAUUCCAGGAAUUUUGGUCCCUGAUAUAAUUGCUUUUGACCUUAGAGCUCAGAUUGUGGCAAUAGCUUCCAACACUUGUAACAUUGUUUUGGUCUACUCUGUCACCUCAUCCUGCAUGCCCAACAUUCAGCAAAUCCAACUAGAGAAAAGCGAACGACCCAAGGGUCUGUCCUUUUUGACAGAGAAACUCUUACUAGUUCUGAUAGGGAAGCAGAAGUUCACUGACCCCUCACUUAUCCCAUCAUCUAAUUCUGAUAGAUAUAUCAUCCGACUGAUGAUCAAAGAAUUAAUAUUUGAGGAAGAGCCAUCAGCAAAAUCUGAUACCGCCCACAGCCUGCCAUUCAGUUUUGAGUCCUCUGUGAACAUUCCUGGGAAAAGAAAGUAUUUUGAGAAUCUUGCUGCAGAGGAUCACAUUGUAGGGCAGGAGCUCUUAAUCCCAGGCAGAACGAUUAUUCAGUCACCUAGUGGCAGGAGACGAAUGCUGGAAGAAGUGAAGAGUCCUAGUUAUGAGCAAAGUUCAUCAUCUAGUGUGAGCGAUUUUGAUGAGAAAAGAGUCUUAGGUGACCCAUCCAUUGCACUGGAAACUUUGGAUGCAGAACCAAUUAAUAGGUCAGUAGCCCUAUUUGGUCUUGGAACGCCUACCAGGUUUUCCAACAGAUCAGUUUCUUCUAAAGUGAUGCAGGAAACUUUGAAUUCUCCUAAAAACAGCAGCUUGGCUAAUGAAAAAGGAGCCAGUCAAAUAUCCAGGAAUUUGGAAAAAUUGUGUGGCAGCUUCAAUGACUUACAGUUGAGACUUCUGGAACUAGUAGAUUUCACAAAAAAUGGAAAGAGACUAUCUGUAGCUUACCCAUCUUCUCAAGAACCACCUUUUGUUCAUAUCACCUACCAGAAGCAUUUUUCAAAUGGAGCUAUAGCUGAAGAAACAAGAACUGUUCUCCUGUGUGAUGGCAAGGUUCAUCUGAAUUUAGUCCAACGACUUUUUGAUCUGCCUAUUGUUGAAAUGAAACAUGGUUCUUCUUGGAUUGUUCUUACUGCAGAUGGUGAAGGUUUUAUACCAUUAACAUUUAAGGCAAAGCAAGAGAUCAUCAUAAGGGAGGGGAGUGAUAGUUUGGAAGCCUGUGGAAGUCACUCCUUCAAAAGAAACAUUUCUUCGCAACCACCGAGCAGCGUGACAUAAUAAGGCAAACCAAAAAAAAGAUGUUCUUCAACAUAAAUAACUGCAUGAGUAGAAAAUGAUCAGCAGGAUUUUUGACUGCAUUUUAAACUAAAACUCAUGUGGCUUGUGUUCCAUGGUAGCUAGUCCUCCUCACAGUAAUCUACUGGAUCAGAUCUAGUAUGUCAUGUCUGUAUCCACUGAGGCUACAGACUGAGAUUCCUGGCACUGAAAAGGAGAAUACUGAACUAAAAGUAAUGUCACGACAAUGGGUAAAUAUUGCCAUAUUCAGAUUUGGUAUAUAUUCUGUGCAUGAAAAGUUAGCAUUAAUGAAGUUCAUGUUUGCUAAAGAAAGGCUAAGUUUGGUAGGCUAACUUGCCCUAAGGAUUCUGGGGGUGUGAAAAACAUGCAUUAGUUUGGAGUCUACACAAUGCCAAGAUGCUGGUGCAGAAUGGUUUGGUCUGUUUUAAUUUUUCAUGUGGCAAAGCUUCUCCCUAGAUUAUACUAAAGAACUCCAAGAAACAACAAAGCAAAGAAGAAGAAAACACAAUGGGGUGGUUACUAACUUCCAGUGAGUACAAGUAAUUCACAGGAAAUGCCCAUUGGCAGAAAGAAAUGGAAGCAGAUUUCACCAAUAUCCCCUUCCCACAGCAGCCUCCUGUGCCCUCUGUGGUGUAGUGGCUAGAGUGCUGGACUAGGACCUAGGAAAACCAGGGAUCAAAUAUCCACUUAGCCAUGAACCUAGCUGGUUGCCCUUGAACCAGUCACUGUUUCUGACCUAGAAGAAACAUGAGCACCUUUGAGGAAAGGUGGGAUAUAAUGGUAACAUUAAAAAAUUGUGGGACCUUCUGACAUACAGGUAGCAAUUUGGGCUGCAGAGGAAAAGGAGAACUGGCAAAAAAAAAAUCACCUCCCCCUCUGGCCUGUUAGUUCUGCUCUAGGCAACUCUAGAUCCAGUCCAUAUGUGUUUAUUUUGCCACAAAUGCAGUGAGAUUGACACAUGUGCAUUUAUUAUACAUGACAUAACAAAAUAUAUGUG